GAUCACUCACAUUGUGAGGACAUUAGGCGAGUGUUGCCCUCCCCUUCAGCAAGAAACCAUGGAGCAGGAGGCUAGUGAGCUCAUCGCGGGAGGAGCAGGCGAAUGGGGUGAGGCGGUGGGAGAAAGAAACAGCAAAAGAAAUGAAGCAGGAGAGGAGCGGAGGCUGUCUUCGCCUUGGGCCCUGUACGAACGGUCUAUGUCUGAAAGGCCUCUGUUGACCAAGUCCGUGACGUCGGCCCUAGUAUCCGCUCUCGGAGAGCUCGCGGGCUCGGCGUUGCGGUCCUCAUCCCCGCCCCCUCUUCCCGUCGGGGCCGGAACGGCGCUGGCCGUAAAAGGGAGAGCGGGAGCAGGGCAGCGUACGGGGACGGCUGCACCUGGAUUGCUUAGAAGAACCGCCGCAUUCGCGAUCUUCGGGCUGUUGGUGAAUGGACCGGUGUUUCAUUGGUGGUACGGGGCUCUAGAGCGAGCCGCCGCGAGACGGCGCAAGGCGGGCGAACUCCCCGGUGGUGCCGGCGACAUCACCUUCAAGGUAGCGGUAGAUCGCUUCUUGAUGACCCCUCCCUACCUGGCCAUAACGCUGGCAUCUCUGAGGCUGCUCCAGGGGCUCGGUGCCAAGAGGUCUAUCGAUGAAACGAGCGCGUUGUAUCGAGGGGUGCUUUUCACGAACUGGAAGGCGAAUCUGGACUGCAGCUCAGCUAAUCAACUUCAAGCUCGUCCCGAUCGAGUAUCGUCCCGUUUUCGGCAAUUUGGUGGCAUUCUGGUGGAAUAUCUACCUCAGCCUCCUGCCAGCUCACAAGUGAUAGGGCCAGCGUUUGGGAUCCGGCAGACACUGCAAGGCGCUUCGGUCUACCGCACGCUACCGAAUAUAUGCAUUUAUCUCAGAUACCACUGUAGGCAAUAGCCGGAGCUGGUCCCAAGCGUAGCUAUACUUACCUCCCCAUAGGGAUAGCUGCCCGCCUCAUGACCCCCCCAAUUGGGUUGGGGACUGGGCUAGGGGCAGAACAUUCGGUGUUGCAGAUUGUGACAAUUUUGGUUUGUGUAUGGGGUAUCACCGCUACGACCGACGGCAUGAUUUCGAAGCCUCUCUUACGACUAUUGUCGAUGGUUGAUGCACGCGGCGAUUGCCGGGUGCUUUUCUUAUCUGACGAGAGGGGAUGGGGGGGGCGGGUGCCGCCGCGGUGUCCUUGCCCGUUGCGACGAAAUGUAUUUGUGGUUUGUUGUGGGUGUAAGCUGUAAUGAUCGGCCGCAAUAGCUCUGUACCUAGAAGGAUGUUACGUGUGUUCGGCUCCUGGUCAGCCCAACCGACAACUCCGGGGGGAUGUUUCUGUAGCUUGUGUUUAUAACGUUCUUGCCAACAAGGUAUUGAAGAAGCGCUCUUGUUGUCUUGAAGUGGGGUGCUGCUAGUUUAUCGACGUUUUAUUAGUAUGAUUCAGGCGUUUUAUUAGUAUAUCAGGUUACGGUUGUGAGUUGUUUAGGAGGGGAAUAUUCCACGUCAAGUUUAUGUCGUCAGUCGAAGUCACCCAAACGGUUUGUUUUUUGCUCCCCGUCACCUACGCUCGUGCAAGCGAAAAUGCAACGGGGAACGAACGUGGUCAAUUCGUACCAAGUGUGUGCGGAGUUUUUACUUCUGCGAAAGAGCACACGAACCUCGUGUUUUGUGGGGUAUUGCUAAAGGUGUUUGCUGUUUUGGGGGCACGCUUUCAUUGAGUUUAGGGAUUUCGUGUUUGAAGAAUCUAGUCGAUUGGAGUCAUUUGCGUGUUGCGGUUCGUCUACGUGCUUAUCUACGUGAAGGGGCGCUUUUGCAGACAAGAAGAGAGCAUACGCUCGUGCCACAAAAAAGCUUGCAGCCUACGUGAGGGCAAUCUUAUCAUGCUUUGAGGGAUUACCGUCACGGACUU